AUGAUUGUUGGUAAGAUGAACUGCCAUUUGGGCGACCAUUUGACACUUCAGCAUGCAGUGAUGCAGUGGGAACAGUACCAGUCAGAUGGUUUGCUGCGCAGCACUCAUGCAGUGGUUGGUGCAGAAGAUUUGAUGCAGCUGCUGAAGAACUACUCGAGACAACAUGGUACCCAGAUGAAGGGGCACAUUUCCGUUGGCGUCGUGGGCUAUCCAAACACCGGCAAGAGCUCCGUGAUCAACUCGAUGAAACGACACUCAGCCGUGGAGACAGGUGGCCGCGCUGGGGUGACCAAAGUGGCCCAGGAGGUUCAACUGGACUCCAAGGUGACGUUGAUCGAUUCGCCAGGGGUGGUCUUUGAGGGAAGCUCCAAUGAUCCUUCUGUGGUGCUUCGGAACGUUGUCCGAGUGGAGUCGGUGGUGGAUCCUGUGGCCGUGGUGGAAGCCUUGGCCGCCAAGGCUCCCCGUGAGGCCUUAUUGAACUUCUAUGGCCUUCGAGACUUUAAGGAUGUGUCAGAGUUUCUGAUCCACGUGGCCCAAGUAAGGGGUAAGUUAAAGAAAAAUGCAGGUGGGGCCGGCGCCGGCCUCGAUCUGGCCUCCGCCGCCCGGUCCGUGAUCUCGGACUGGACCACAGGCAAGUUCCGGUACUACGUGUUGCCCCCUGCCAGCAGCAGCCAGGAUGCAGCCAUUGCUGAGGCUGCAGCUGCGAUUAGACUGGGUGUGUCCAAACUUGGGGAUCUUGGGGCCGAUCCAUGGACCAUUUUGUUGCAUGCCCUGAGACACAUGUGGCUGUCAUCCACUGAGUUCCACUGGUCGCCGAAUCGCAGGAUGAUGAAGAUGCGAUGUGCCGGGGCCUUGUCUGGGUGCAUUCGAGACACCAUCAAGCUGAAGCCUGAGAAGUUGGAAGCGCAGCGGCAGGCCGUGAGCCACUUCGUGCGACAGGCUCGAGCCAAAGGGAGUCGAGUGGCCUUGAUCACUUCAGGAGGCACCACUGUUCCAUUCGAAGUGAACACCGUGCGUUUCAUCGAUAACUUCUCCACUGGAACCAGAGGCGCUCUCUGUACCCAGGAAUUCCUCGAAGCGGGCUAUGCGGUGAUCUUUUUGCACCGAAAAGGGUCCAACUUUCCUUAUGCCACGGAGAUUGUGAAGAAGCUGAACGAGGCUCCUUUGGAGCUGCUACAGGCGAGUGCUUGCACACAACCUCCUUCCGACAUUCAGGAGCGGCUGUUGGCCAUAGGUUUUAACACCAUCUUUGAUUAUUUGUUUCUGCUGCGUGAGUGCUCACAAGCAGUAGCAGAUGCAGGCACCGCUGCCACCAUCCUUCUGGCUGCGGCGGUCUCGGAUUUUUAUGUGCCUGAAUCAGAGAUGGCUACAGAGAAGAUCCAGAGUCGAGCUCAUGAUGGCCUCACUGUACAGUUGCGAAACGUCCCAAAGUUGCUGGGUGCCGUGCGCCUUUGGGCACCGCAGGCCUUCAUUUUGUCUUUCAAGUUAGAGACCAAUCCCAACAUCCUCCUGGCCAAAGCUGCUGGAGCGUUGAAGAAGUACAAAGUGGAUGCCGUUUGCUCGAAUGUCCUUCAGACCAUCCGCGACUGGGUCACCAUCGUUGAAGUUGACAAAGCUUCCUCCAUCGAGGUGCCCAGCGAGAUUUCCGGCGAAGAGCGCGAGCCUGUCCAGGUUUCGGGCGUUCGUAGUCGCCGGGUGGAGCGGAAGGACGCCAAGAGUGUAGAUGUACCCCUGAUCCGAAGCGUCAUCGAGAUGCACAGCGAGAAGAUGGCUUCAGGGGGUUCCUCCGGAUAUGCUUGA